AUGCAUCCCUGGCUACUUCUCGCCCUCGCCCUUCCAUCAUUGGCACUCGACAAGACCCAUGGCGUUCCCCCUUCUCUCGUGUCGAAAUACGUACCCAGCACGAGGGGUUCGCACCAGACAUGGACGUGUUUAGAUGGUUCGAAGGAAAUUACCUGGAGUGCGGUAAAUGAUGAUUAUUGUGAUUGUCGGGAUGGCAGCGACGAGCCAGGCACGAGUGCCUGUCCCAAUAACAAGUUCUACUGCCGCAAUGAGGGCCAUAUUGGGGCAAUUAUACAAAGCUCUCGUGUUAACGAUGGACUUUGCGAGCAGGAAUGCUGCGAUGGAUCGGACGAGCCCUCAGGCGUGUGUCCAAACACUUGCCAGGAAGUCGGAGUAGAAUACAGAAAGAAGACAGAAGCAGAGCGUAAGCUGCGAAAGACUGGAUCCAAGAUACGAUCUUCAUACAUUGCGUAUGCACAUAAGGAGCAAAAGCGCUUGGAGGCACUCGUUGCUGAUCUUGCCAAAGAGAUUGAAACGAGAGAGAAAGAGGUGGAGAGAUUACGAGACAUUGCAGAACGCGCAGAAUCCCUCUCAGCUGCUGAGCUGGAGCGUAAGAAACAGUCUCCCCUCUACCAGUCACUCCUCGUACAUCAUACCGCACUCAAGUCCCUUCAGAAAGAACACAAGAAGCACCUAGAACGCGAGAAAGCUCUUGGUGACAUCUUGACCUCACUCCGCGCGGAUUAUAACCCUAACUAUCAAGAUAUGGCCGUCCUGGAGGCUGUGCGUGGCUGGGAGGCACUAGCAGGAUUGCCUCACAUAAACGACGUACGCAAGGGUGACGAUGGGGAAGCUGACACUACGGCGGACAAACCGAAAACAGAGGACGAUGUUGAAGAUGAAGGUCUUUGGAAUGCAGCAAAGAUCGAGAAGGAGUUGGAUCAGUUAUUGAAAACAGAUCAUGUGACGCUGCUGCUAGAAUAUGACCAGCUUGUCGGGCCUGCUUCAGCCCAGUCCCUCUUGCUUGACAUUUCGGCCUACCUUCCAGACGCUCUACUCCCAUCCUAUCAUAGUUUCCGCGACUCGCUCCUCUCGGCUCUAUCAGUUUUCGGAAUCGGGCGCGGAGGCACAUUCGACUCGUCUGCUGAAUCAAAUCGUGCACGUGUAGCCCUUUCGGACGCGGAACACAGCCUCAAGCUGACCCAAGAUGAGCAACGAACUGCAAAUGAAGACCUCCUGGAUCUCUUUGAUCCUGAGGGCUUUGGCCCAGAAGGCGAGUGGAAAAAACUUGACGGCAUGUGCCUGUCAAAGGAUACCGGAGAGUACACUUACGAGGUUUGCCUAUUUGACGAGGCGAAGCAAAUUCCCAAUAGCGGUGGUUCUGGCUUCAGUCUGGGGAAAUUUUCGUCCUGGAACAAAGCUGCUGGACCUGGUGAGCUAGAAUAUUAUACCCGACAGCACUACACCCAGGGAGCCAAAUGCUGGAACGGCCCCCAUCGCAGCGUUGAGCUCGUUUUCACAUGCGGCACUGAAAACACGUUACUGACGGUGGUAGAACUGGAGAAGUGCGAGUACCAAAUUACAGGAACAACCCCAGCACUAUGUCGCCCACUGGAGGACGAGCACACCAAAGACGAACUGUAG